AAAGAAGAACACGGUAUGGGCAAAGCAGAAUUAAAGAAAGACAUUGUUAGCUGGCAUUUUGCAUACAUAAAAGUAAUGGUGGGGUGGUUGCACAUACACACACGCCUGCCAUUUAGCUUCCCAGUCAACUGCUCUCUAAAAAUGUUUCCCUCUUCAUUCAUCCUUGUGUUUACCAUCUUCUUCUUCUUCUUCUUCUUCUUAAUCAAAUUAAACGCCGCAGAUGAAGAUCAUAUUGCAGUAGUAUUUAGAGAAAAUCAUUGCCACCCUCCAUCACCCUGCAAGAAAUUAGGAAAGUUGGAGAACAUUAAAUAUCCUUUCUGGAGGGUGGACGACAAUUCAUCAACCGUGUGUGGGUAUCCCGGUUUCGGCAUCGACUGCUCAAACCCACAUCCUGAGUUCCCCCUUCUUUACCUUUCUGAUGAUGCUUUUCUCGUCAAGGACAUCAACUAUGAUGAUUAUUCAGUUACUCUUGCGGACGCCGAUGCAUUCAAGAAAGAUUGUCCCAGGGCACGCCACAACUUUACUCUCACCCAAAAAUCUCCGUGGCUUUAUUACGGCCAUAAAGAUCUGAAUCUAAUUUUCUACUUCAACUGCACCCAAAAUCCUCUUCCUGGUGGAGAUGCCGCCUAUCCUCCUAUUCACUGUUUAAAGUCAGACCGAAAGGCGUCCUACUUGUAUGUGGGAGCUUUUAAUCCGUACAGUUGGGAUUGGUGGAGAAUUUGUGAGGCCAGAGUGGAGACGACGGUGAUGGAAACAGUAGGGGUAGUUGAAAAUGAUAUUAAAUGGUUAGUUAUGAACAUCGGCGGAGCUAUGAGUAAUGGGUUCAAUCUUAACUGGCAGCCGUUGGACGAUUGCAGCCACUGUAAUCCCCAAGGGUGGUGCGAGCAGGGCAAACAUAAUUUCGGCAACUUUUUGUGCUUUUGCAAGAACGAAACAGUCAUUAUCGUCCCUGAUUGCCCUUCUAAAGGCAAAAGUGGUAAAGUGGGAAUGAAGAUUGGCAUUGCCAUAGGUGGAGCUGCGUUAUGCUUUGUUGCAUUUUGCAUAAUUAAGUUAUUUCGGUAUGCAUAUCGUCGACGACAGAAACGCUAUUCUUCUGGGAACGAACUUGACUUGCAAGGCUCAUUCAACCACAGGGGCUGUAUUGGAGGAAUAUUUAAACAAGCAUUGCAGGAAAGAAAAGAAUAUGGGAAUCUUGAGGUGUUUAUGGAGCAAUAUGGAUCAUUAGCCCCUGUGGUUUAUAGUUAUUCAGAUAUCAAGAAAAUGACUAAUUCAUUCAAACACAAACUUGGCCAAGGAGGCUAUGGAGAAGUGUAUAAAGGUAAUCUUCAUAACGGUCUUCAUGUUGCAGUUAAGGUCUUAAACUCAACCAAAGGGAAUGGGGAAGAAUUCAUCAAUGAAGUGGUCAGCAUUUGUCGCACCUCCCAUGUUAAUGUUGUCAAUCUUCUAGGAUUUUGUUCCCAUGGUACUAAAAGAGCUCUGGUUUAUGAAUUUAUGGCUAAUGGAUCCCUCGAAAAAUAUAUUCAUGAAAAUAGCACUCAUUUGGGAUGGGACAAGUUGUAUGAAAUUGCUCUUGGCAUAGCUAAAGGGCUUGAAUACUUGCACAAAGGUUGCAAUACUAGGAUUGUGCAUUUUGACAUAAAACCACACAACAUUCUUCUUGAUCAAGACUUUUGUCCCAAGAUAUCUGAUUUUGGAUUGGCAAAACUCUGUGCUAAUAAUAAGGAGAGCAUAAUAUCUAUGUGUGGAGCUAGAGGAACUAUUGGCUAUAUUGCUCCAGAAGUGGUUAGCCGGAAUUUCGGAUCUGUUUCACACAAGUCGGAUGUGUAUAGCUACGGAAUGAUGGUCUUAGAAAUGGUUGGAGGAAGAAAGAAUGUAAAUGAUAAGGUGAGUCAUAGUUCUGAGAUAUACUUUCCUCAUUGGGCAUAUCAAAGGCUUUUGCUAAACGAGAAUUUAAAGCUUCAAGGGUUUAGAGCCGAUGAGGAGGAAGAAAUUGCAAAGAAGAUGAUACUGAUAGGAUUUUGGUGCAUUCAAACAGAUCCCUCAGACAGACCAUCAAUGAACAAAGUUAUUGAGAUGUUAGUGGGUAGCUUGGAGAAGUUGGAAAUGCCGCCAAAACCUUUCUUGUAUUCUCACUCGGAGGAUAUUUCUCAAGCAAUAUCACCUAUAGUGCCAUCACCUUCUUUUUUAAGUUCGUCAUGCACCAUUAGCAUGAACAUUGAUUGAUAAAAUUAAGCACAAUAUAUAUACCAUAGUUGAUUUGAGUUUCCAUAACAUUUUACAGACCUAUAUUGGCUAUAUAUAAUGAUCAAUUUGAAUUUGUGUACAUUUAAUAUAAUACAUGAUUUUAAUUUUCGCCUAA